CUACAGACAGUAGCGCGCGGUCCGUCGGCGUCGUAGCAUAGUCAGAAACUGAACACAUCUCUACACCGAACAGAUGGUGGAAGAUGAUCUCGAGUCCGCUGCUGACUGCGCUCGAACGCGACGAGGAGUUCCUUGCGUCAGUGUUGCGCUCGACGUGUGGCGAACCUCACAUCAGGAUAGACAGGAUAGAGAUCCUGCGUCGCUCACAGGACACGCAGGAUCUGUCUGAUUCUGUGACCAGGGUCGUGGUGAGCGGCAGGAAAGGGAAACAACUCAAUGAGUUCUCCAAGACUCUGUUGAUCAAGAGACAUCCAGAGCACAGUUCAAGACACCCGGCGCAGCGAGACCCGGCGUUCUGCAAUGAGGCAGUGGUAUACAGCAGAGUUCUGCCUUCGCUACUUCAAUGCGGCGAAGGAGAUUGUGAACCUCUCCUUCGCACCCCCAUCUGCCUUCACGCCUCUACCUCCGUCAUUGUACUGGAGGACAUGGUCAGCCUAGGGUUCACGACGGGGAACAGAGUCAAAGGACUCGACUUCGACCACGCUGCGGCUGCACUACAGGCUCUAGGAAGGUUCCACGCAGUAUCACUCUCUCUGAAGCAUCAAGACAAAAGUGCCUUCGACCGUGUUACUUCACAAGUGCAGGAGGUAGUGUUUGUACCCGAGGCGGCCCCAGUGUUCGGUGCAUCACUAGAGAGUGCGUUGGAACUCGCCAUAUCCAGCCUCAAAAAAUGCCCGGAAAUGGUUAUCUUCGAGGCGGUACAAAUGCUGCAGAGUUUACGCGGUCGGACGUUCCGUACUCUCGUGUCGCUCGCCGCACCAAGAGAACCUCUCAGCGUAAUCUGCCAUGGUGACUUUUGGAUAAACAACAUUAUGUUUAGUUAUAAAAACGAUAAAAUCGAUGACGUCGUACUAACAGACUUGCAAGUGGUCCGGUACAGCUCUCUCGCUAACGAUAUUUUACACUUUUUACACACAAGUUUAGAGCCGGGUCUGUCGAGAGAGUAUUCUGAAGAUUUAAUCAAAGUGUAUCACAAAAGUCUUUCAGAAACUAUGAAAAAAAUCGCUCCGUCUUCACCUACUGUUACUUUAGAGGAGAUUUUAGACGAAAUUGAGAGCCACGCUUUAUACGGACUUCUCAUGAGUUUUCUAGUGUUGCCUAGUAUAACCGACAGUGCCAAAGAUUCCCAGGGUCGCACUGAUUUUUAUUGUGAUAGUUUCUCAUUAAUGUAUUCGCAACGAGUCAAAAGUCUUGUGCUUGAAUUUGUAGAGAAAGGCUUUAUUUGAUAAGGAAGUAUUAAAAAAUGUAUUUUUAUUCACUGGUGAAGCACAAUGAAGAAAAAUUAGAAGUAAAAGAGUGCCAAGUUUAGAAGAGGGAUUUUUUUAGCUUGCUAUUUAAGCAAUGGUAUUUUUUCUUCAUAAUGGAUUCUUUUAAACUCUUUUUAUUUCAAACACUGCAGCUUCUUCAAUAGAGAUGAUAUUUAGCUGUCAGACAUAGUUGUUUAGCUACCAGCUGAUAUUAAUGUAAAAGGACCAAUAAAGUAUUUAUUUAUUUUUAUAA